GAAAUAUGAAAAGUAAACACACUGUAUUUGAAGUAGAUAUACAUUCUGUUUGGACUAUUAUUCCUUUCUGAUUCAGAUUACCAUAAUAAAUAAAGCUGAAGAUAGUCGACCUCGACCAAGAUAAACACACCACUGGACCACCACUCUUCUCCUAUGUGAAGUAUAUCGUAUAUCCUUCGGGGUGAACGUAGAGUGUACUAAGCUUCGGGUUUGCCGACAUAAUAUGUUGUUUGCAACUGUAACGGUUUGAGAAGAUUUAUCAAUUUUUUAAUUGUAUUAAUAUAGUUCUCAGAUUGACCGCUUGUCAAGAUGGCAGAAGAUUACCUUGUAGCCAGUGAUUAUGUUAUGAUUGUAAUAUAUUUUGUUCUUGUCUUAGCAGUAGGAUUAUGGUCAACAUUUCGACCCAAUAGAAACAGUGCUGCUGGCUAUUUCUUAGCUGGUAAAGACAUGCACUGGAUUCCGGUAGGAGCAUCAAUAUUUGCUAGUAAUGUUGGAGCUCCUAUGUUUAUUGGUUUGGCUGGUCAGGCAGCUGCAUCCGGUUUUUCAGUGGCCAUAUACGAAUGGCACGCUGUUUAUUUACUGAUUGCUUUAGGAUGGGUGUUUGUUCCUGUCUACGUCGCCAGUGGGGCUUUUACGAUGCCAGAAUAUUUAAAAAAGCGAUUUGGUGGUAAAAGGUUGAGAAUAUAUUUAUCUUCACUGGCUUUAGUUCUUUAUGUAUUAACUAAAAUUACGUCCGAGAUUUAUUCAGGAGCUAUAUUUAUGAGACAGUUAUUGGGAUGGAAUCUAUAUUUGUGUGUAGUUAUUAUUCUAGCUGUCACGGCCUUUUAUACAAUUGCGGGUGGUUUGGCAGCUGUUAUAUAUACAGAUACAUUACAAACCGUUAUUCUACUUAUUGGUGCAUUCAUUUUGACAGUUAUGAGUUUUGUUGAAGUUGGUGGUUGGGAACAAAUGAUGAGAAAAUAUGCUACAGCCGCAGCUAACUAUACACUGGCCGAUCCUGAAAAUAACACGUGUGGUAUGCCAAGGAAAGACUUUAUGCACAUCUGGAGAGAUCCUGUAGAGGGUGAUAUCCCAUGGCCCGGUGCAGUGUUUGGUCUUACAACUUUAGGUUUAUGGGUCUGGUGCACAGAUCAGAUUAUGGUGCAAAGAUGUUUAUCAGCUAAAGAUAUGAGCCACGCUAAAGGUGGUUCCGUCUUAGCGGCAUGUCUGAAGAUCCUACCAUUUUUCCUCUGGAUCAUUCCUGGCAUGAUCAGCAGAAUACUAUUUCCAGAUGAGAUAGCCUGUGCUGAUCCUGAUAAAUGCCAAGCUGUUUGUGGUAACAGAGCUGGUUGUACCAACAUAGCUUACCCAUUGUUGGUACUCAAAAAGAUGCCAGACGGAUUAAGAGGUUUGAUGUUGGCUGCUUUAUUAGCUGCUCUUAUGAGUUCCUUGACAUCAAUCUUCAACAGCGCCAGUAGUAUGUUCACUAUGGAUAUCUGGAGAAGAUUCAGGCGACAUGCCAAGGAAUCGGAACUUAUGAUCGUCGGUCGUGUAGCCGUGGUCGCUCUUAUCGGUGUCAGUAUUUUGUGGAUCCCGAUUUUGGAGGAAUCUCAGAGUGGACAAUUAUGGAGUUACUUGCAAGCCAUUUCAUCAUACACGGCUCCUCCAUGGUGUUGGGUGUUUUUGUUAGCGUUAUUCUGGAAGGGAACAACAGAAGCUGGAGCUUUCUGGGGUUUGAUGAUCGGGUUAGCGGUAGGAGGAACAAGAAUGAUAUUAGAUUUUGUGUAUCCAGCCCCAUUCUGUGGUAGUAAUGACGUUGAUAACCGACCUGAUGUCCUGACAAAAGUUCAUUUCUUACAUUUUGCUAUCAUAUUGUCAGCAAUUUCAGUGAUAUCAACUGUUGGUAUAUCAUUAGUUACAAAACCAAGACCUCCAGAAAAGUUACGUCGAGUGACAUGGUGGACACGUCAUGAUCCUCAAGAUCCAGAGGAAACUGAUUCUGAAGAUGAAAUUGAGGAAGAAGAUGAACAGCCUGUACAAAAAGAGAAAAAAAAAUCCGGACCAGGUAGGAAAGUAUAUAACUGGUUAUGUGGUAUCUCAGAUGAGCCAAAACCCAAACUUACUCCAGAAGAAAAAGCCUUUAUUAAGGCUAAGAUGACAUCAUUAGCUGAAAACAAAUUUUCUAAAAAAGUAGCCAAUAUUGCAGCUAUAUUAGUUGCGACACUCACGGCAUUUUUAUUAGGAUUUUUCUAUUAGACUGCACAGGGAUAAUCGAAAAAUCGCACUUAUGGACGUUAAGAGAUUGUGUGAGUUUAUUAUGUAAUACUGUAUUUGACAUAAAUCAUUAUAGGCCAAAAUGAGCUUAUAGACAUAAGUAACAAUCAAGAAGCUGCAAAUAGAUGAGGUUUAGUGUACGGUGUUAUCAGACCGUAGCUACUGGGGGCAAGGGCAAUUCUGACUAACGGACCUGGGUGUUAAGUGUAGGAUUACUGACGCUGUAGACAAUAUUUUCUCCUGUUGUCUACUGUGUAGAUAUUUCCGCACCUAGCAGUACAUCUCUAUCUGGAUCUAGCUUAUUCUCGGCUCUCAGAUGUGACAGAUUUUUGGCAAGCACAAAUAUUUAUCCUAACACACUUUAUUUAACAAAUAACUUAAAAAAAAUCCCCCAAAAAAUCCCACAUGAUUAUGGUAUAACACAAUUCUUUAAUAACAAUGUAUAUAACGUCUCAACACGGUUUACAUCUGUCGGCAUAUGUACUUUGUUAAUAAAGAAAUGUGUUAACCAUAAUAUAUCUCAUUGUGUUAUAUGUGCUCUCCAUUGUUAAUUGUCGUUCAAAUCGUAUAUAUUUGACACAUCCCCUCCAAUGUGUAACGUAGUAAUAGAUUUAUAUGAUGUUUUGUUGUAACUUUAUAAAUAUAGGGUAAUAGUGUCAUGUUUUAUAUGAUAAUAAUAAACACAAGAGAAUGUC